AUGACCCAAAUGCCUAGAUAUUCCAAGUUCCUUAAGGAUAUCUUGAGUAACAAAAGAGAUUGUAAUGAGAUAGAUUUGGUGGAGCUUGGUGAGUGUUGUAGUGCUUUGAUUCACAAUGACCUCCCUAAGAAGAUGAAAGAUUCGGGUAAUUUCUCCAUUCCUUGCAAAAUCAAGAGUAGGUUGUUUGAGAAUGCUUUAUGUGAUUUGGCUGCUAGUGUGAGCAUAAUGCUCUUCUCGGUCUUCAAGAAGCUAAAGCUAGGAGAACUUCUUCCUACCAACAUGACUUUACAAUUGGCCAAUAGGUUUAUCAAGUUUCCCAAGGGAAGAGUUGAGGAUGUUCCCCUAAAGAUAGGUAGUUUUACAAUACCCGUUGAUUUCAUUGUGCUUAAAAUAGAAGAAGAUGACCACAUUCCAAUUAUCUUUGGGAGACUUUUCCUAGAUACUUCGGGAGCUUUGAUUAAUGUUAAGGCAGGCCGAAUUACCUUGAGUGUUGGUAACAAGAAAGAGAGUUUUAAGCUAAAACCAAUGCAUGAGUCCUUAUCCCUUAUGAAAGGAAUCUAG